AAGCCGGGUUUACUAUAUUUAGCGCCAAAAAGUUGUUUUCUGUUAAUAGAAUUAGCAAUUUAUUUAUUUAUAYAUACAUAUAAUGGUGGAUGCAGAUAAUACACAGCUGAAUCACAAGCCAAGUGCCGACACAUUUCUGCCCCUUAGCCGAGUACGGACUAUCAUGAAGAGCUCCAUGGACACGGGUCUGAUAACCAACGAAGUGCUCUUUCUUAUGACCAAGUGCACCGAGUUGUUUGUGCAGCAUCUGGCCCGUGAGGCAUACAUGGCAUCGUGUGCCAAGCAAAGCAACGACACACUUAAGUACGAGCACUUAUCGCAGCUAGUUAACAAACGGAAAAACCUCGAGUUUCUUCUACAAAUAGUUCCCGAAAAAAUUCGCGUACACGAAUUCCAAGAGAUGUUGCGUCUUAAUCGCUCCAAUGCCAGCGACGAUGAAGAUGAAAGCUGUACCGAAUCCGAGUCGGAUGAUGAGUAGAGUGGAGUGCAUAACAAUUGGCAGACUUCCAAUGAUGAUUAGGUGAUAAGAAUAAGUUUUGUUUUAAGCCAAAAGACAU